AUGACGGACGAAGGGCUUCUUCUCCCUGGUGAUUUGAUUUUUGACCCUGAAGUAGAGAAGAUCGCUCGCAGAACGAGAAAGAAAACCAGACAGCUCAGAGAGAAGCAGUUCAGUGUUGCAUUUCAGAGACCUGAGCUAGAAGUUGAACCAACAGAUUCGUUUGGUGACACUUCGAGUGACUCUGACCAGGAGGAAGGAGCCAUGGCUAAUGCACGAACAUUAACGGAGUUGGCUGCUCCUGAUUUAAAUCAGCAGCCUUUAUGUGAAAAAUCGUAUAAGUAUCUGCAAGAGUUUGAUAUCGUGUGCAAUAGUAUGAAAUCCCUGGGCAUUAUAGAAGAGCAGAUAAAAAUGAGGGCAUUCUCCUUUUCCUUGAAGGAUUCUGCAAAGGACUGGCUGUACUACCUGCCACCAGGUAGCAUUACCACGUGGGACCAAUUAAAGAAAAAAAUUUUAGAUAAAUAUUUUCCUACGUUCAGGGUUGCAAGUCUAAGGAAAGAAAUUUGCGAGAUCAAGCAGUACCCAGGGGAGUCACUCUAUAAGUAUUGGGAGCGGUUCAAGAAGUUGUGCAUCAAGUGCCCCCAGCACCAGAUAAGUGAGCAGUUGCUCAUACAGUAUUUUUAUGAGGGGUUCCUUUUCAGGGACAUGAGUAUAAUUGAUGCUGCAAGUGGAGGGGCAUUGGUGAACAAAACCCCUCGGGAAGCAUGGGAGUUAAUUGAGGGAAUGACAGAGAAUUCACAGCAAUUCGGUACGAGAGAGGAUGUCCCAAUACAUAAGGUGAAUGAGGUAGAGACAUCCUCUAUCCAGCAGCAGCUAACUGAGUUGACUUCUUUUGUUAGGCAAUUGGCUGUAGGAAAUGCAUCUCAGGCCAAGGUGUGUGGGAUUUGCACUGGUAUGGGUCACUCUAUGGACAUGUGUCCAAUGAUGCAAGAGGAGGGUACAGAGCAAGUGAACAUGGCAGGCCACGCGCCUGCGCCAAGGAGGCCCUAUGACCCCUAUUCAAGUACCUAUAACCCAGGUUGGAGGGACCACCCUAACCUCAGUUAUGGAGGGAAUAGGCAGACUAAUUUCGUGCCAAAUAAGCAAUCAGGGUACCAACAGCAGUACCAACCCCGACCACCUCCCCCCCCCCGAGCUCUGGUCCAUCUUUGGAGGAGAUGA